AUGACAAUUGAUAAAAUUUAUAUCGCAAGACAUGGUUAUCGAAUGAAUUGGUUACCCCCACCACAUCCACCUAAUCCCACUGGUAUAGAUAGUGACCCACCACUUGCUCCUCAUGGAGUCGAACAAGCAAAAGAAUUGGCCAAACACAUCAAAUCUUUCCCAUCGGAAGAUCAACCCCAAUUUAUUUUGAGUUCGCCGUUUUAUCGUUGUGUAGAAACCGGAGAGCCAAUCAGUGAAGCUUUAAAUAUCCCAAUUGUUUUGGAAAGAGGUGUAGGUGAAUGGUACAAAGUCGGAAGAGGAAUUAUCCCCGAACCUGCUGAUUAUGAUAGAUUAAAGUCAUUCUUCGGACAUUUGAGUAAUGAGAAGGAAUGGCAUCGUGACGAAACCGUUGGUGUUAUUCCGAGUCUACAAGGGGAAACGGAAGAUGAUAUCUUCCAACGUUGUAAAUUAUUUUGGUCCAAAUUUAUUCCAAUUUUUGAAGAAAAAUACCCCCAUGUAAAGAAUAUCUUGAUCAUUUCCCAUGCUGCAACUAAAAUUGCCUUGGGGAUGUCAUUAAUGGGAUUCAAAGACGUUUUCCAAUAUAUCGAUGAUAAUAAUACUCUUUUAAGAGCAGCUGCAUGUUCUUUGGAUAAAUAUGUUCGUAACGAUGAUAAAUGGGAAAUUGAGGUUAAUGGGGAUUGUUCAUUUUUGACUGAUGGUGAAGAAAUGAACUGGAAUUUCCAUAACGGGUUUGAAGCUGGAUCAGAUGAAGAUAUAAAGGCUAGACAAUUAGAAGCGGAGAAUGAAAGAAAGGAGCUUGAACAAGCUAAAAAUCUUGACCAAGCCGAUACCGAAGAUUUUUAUGUCACCAUUGAUUUACCACAAUUUGGUAAGGUAAACGAGAAAAUCAAACCAUCGUCAACUUUUCAAAUAACUAAUAUCAAUGAUGACAACCCGUUAAUGAAACUAUCCAAUCCUCUUCACGAAGAGUCAGAGAACCGUCAGAUGUCGGUAUUAAAUGACCAAAUCUAUAAAUUAGAAUGGUCACAAUUGGUAGGUACAGAUUUAAUAGUAGAUGAAAAUGGUGAGGUUAUUGGUAAAGUUAAAGAUCAUCUUAAUUGGGUUGCAAAUGCCAAAUUCACGGAAAAGAGACAAGAUUUGAAAUAUGAGAGAAACAAGAAUAACACAGACGCAACGGGAUUUUUCAACUCAAUACAGCAAAGAUUAAACCAAGGUGUGAUUGACGUAGACGAAAUGGAAGUUGACACUCCAAGCGAAUCUGAUAAGUAG